GGCGAUCGCGUGCCGCGUCCCGCGUCCGGCGUUCUUACCGCAUAUCUACUGCAUACUGUCAAACGUGUUGCGAGCCGCGAGGAUACCCUUUAAUUCAAUACUAUCAAUAUAAUACACGGUGUGUGACGUUGUUUGUGUGCGAUUUUAUCAAGCUUCUUAAUUGAAGACAUACUUUUUAAGGUCAUUAGCUCGUUUCUGUGAAACUAGUACUCAUUCGACUUUUUGGUUCUCAUUGUUUUUACUCGAUUUUACGUGUUCAAAUAAGGAGCAUAAACUCCAACAUUAUGGCGAUUGGUCGUUCAUUUUGUCGCGCAAUAACACGCGAUCGUUGGCGCGCCACCCUGGCGCUGCUGGCGUUCGCGACGCUACUCACCCUGCGCGUACCGCGCUCCAGCAGCCUGGGCGCAGACUUCCCGCAGCACUCACCGAGCUCUCUCGCGCACUUCCUAGCUGACUUCUCCAACCAUCCGCGUCUAUAUUCGCACAUCACUGGCUCAUGGGGAGUCGAGGAAGAGAUGAACAACUACACUUCUUGGCGGUACGUCGUGUCGUACGAGUGCGGAGCGCGCUGCGCCGGUCGCGUGGAGCUGAGUGCGCACGACGACGCGAGCCAGCAUCGCGUUCAAGUGCACGACACUCGGUGCUCGAAGUUGCCGCUUCUGCCCUGGCCGCAAACGUGCCAGACUUCAGUGACGGAAACCGUCAUAACGUCUCGAAGCGGCGGUGGAGCGCACCUGGAGGAGGUGGCGCGCGUGCAUUGCGGCGUGCUCGCGCUGGCCGCGGGCUGCGACGUGCGCGCCGCGCGCCGCGAACACCUGCGCGCGCUUCGCGCCGAGCUCGCCCGCCAACUGUAGU